AUGGCUAAUAUGAAGGGAGGAAAGGGGAUGCGGACCACGGGCAUUGCGGGGUGCUUCUGUGCACGCCAUGAAUUCGUUCAAGUCUUAGGUCUAGCCGCUCUCAAGAAGGGUGAACGUUACAAUACAAUGGAUUGGAUACUCUGUGGCGCGCUAUCCUUCCUGCGCUGCGCAGAAGUUACAGUCAGCUACGACAUCGCCUGCCAGUGGAGUAAACGGCUUCACGAGCGAUUGAGCAAGAUAGCGCCGGACUGCAUCAUGCAUCAGGGGGCACUGCGAUUCAUGAAGCAUCAUCUCGACAGGACGAUCACCUAUGUUGUGCCCAAAUUUCAUCUCUACGCACACAAGGCCUUUUGUCAACUACGAUACGCUCUGGGAUUACUCCUUGGUACUGGCCUCACGGACGGCGAAGGCUGCGAACGCGUAUGGUCCGGAGCCAAUCCUGCAGCCUCUAGCCUGCGUGAGAUGGGUGCGGGGGGUAUGAGCGACACAAUGGACGACAUGUGCAAUGCAUGGAACUGGAAAAAAACAUGUGGCAUCGCCGUCCUGCUUUGCGCGCGCAUGUGUCGUGCAUUGGAAGACGGUACGACACAAACGAAAAUAUUCACUCAGUUCACCGAGGCGCUGGAGGCGGAUGACCCGACACGGAUAGCUCAGGCUCGCGUUGCUAUUAGGACUUGGGAACAAGAUCUUGAGAAGAAGGAGGGGACCCCAUGCCCAUAUUAUGUCGAGCAGACAGCUCUAUCAUCAGCCUCAAUCAAGAUGCAGUCAGAAACAGUCCAGGGCAUGUUUCCCAAGACGGCUGGAUCAUCGGAUGCAGACGAAGACGCCGCGUUAUCUCGUUUUAUUGUGCGCGGAUUUAAUCUAGAAGCAGACAGGGAACGGUUCUCCGUGAAGCACAAGGCAAUAGGAGGGACAUCGGCGCAGGCUAUGGCUAGAUCACUCGCCGUGACGAGCAUGCUACACGACGUACUUUCCUUCCGGUCCUCCCAGGAAACACUGUGUCCCUCGGUCUACGCUGCGCUCACACUGGACGAGCGUGAUCCAGACCGUCAUGCAGCUACCACCGUCAAGUUGUAUCUUCCAUCAAACCCUCCCGACAAAGACAGAAGCCUGGUAUCCGACAGGGAGCGCGCGAUUGAGGCUCAGUUACGCUGGGACUACAUGGUCGACGAGCUUCACCGAUUGCGCCAGCAAUUGCGCCUCAGAGGGUGUCUUAAUAAGUUCAAGAUUGCGAACAUAACUGGUCAAUAUAACAACACCCGCGCGCGCGAAACUCAAGACAUCGUCAACGCAAACGUCAAAAAGGCAGCGGUGGCUUACAGACGGCACCGAGCGGCUUACCUCCUCCUGGUCGGCAAAGGGAAGUGGGAGGAAACGAUGCGCGUACUGAACGAUAAGGACUGCCGCGGCUUGGGCGAUCGCCUACUGGAGCAGAUGGAGGAGAUGACUGAGGAGAACGUCAAGAAGUUCUUGGAAGGUAGACGGGGCGCGGCCUCAUCCGGGGAGACGCGGUACGAGCUGCCUUGGAUCUGGUACAACCAUACAGAGGACUCAGGGCUUCAGAUCACAGACGGUGCGCAGACGUAUCUCCCCAGUCUCCGUCAGAAAAACUAA